UUGACAAAAAAGUGCGUUUUGCGGGUUUGACAGGAUUUUUUUUUGCGGUUUUGGCGGAAAAAUGUGUUUUCCGGUUUUCAGCGGGAAAAUGGGGUUUCCUAGUUUUCGCGGAAAAAUGCAUUUUUCCGGUUUUCGCGGAAAAAUGUGUUUUCCGAUUUUGGCGGGAAAAAGUGUAUUCCGGUUUUGGCGGAAAAAUGUGUUAUUACGGUUUUGGCGGAAAAUGCGUUUUUCCAGUUUUGGCGGAAAAAUGCGUUUUUCCGGUGUCGGCAGAAAAUGCAUUUUUCGGUUUUUGCAGGAAAAUUGCGUUUUUCCGAUUUUCGUGCAAAAAUACGUUUUUCGGUUUUGGUGGUAAAAAUGCUUUCCCGGUUUCGGCGGGAAAAUAAGUUUUCCGGUUUUGGCGGAAAAUGCAUUUUCCAGUUUUGGCGGGAAAAUACACUUUUCUGGUUUUGGCGGCAAAAUGCAUUUUUCAGGUUUCGGGGAAAAAAUGUAUUUUCCGGUUUUCGUGGGAAAAUGUGAUUUCCGGUUUUGGUGGGAAAAUACGUUUGUUAGGUUUUGGCGGAAAAAUGUGUUUUUCGGGUUUGGCGGGAAAAGCGUUUUUUCCGGUUUCAGCGGAAAAAUGCAUUUUCUGGUGUUCGCGGAAAAAUUGUGUGUUUUCUCGUUUUCACGGGAAAAUUGCGUUUUUCUAGUUUCGGCGGGAAAUGCUUUUUUUUUUUGCUGUUUUGGCCGGAAAAUGCUUUGGGGGGGAUUUUGGCGGGAAUAUGCAUUUUUGGGUUUUGGCGGAAAAAUGCAUUAUUUCGGUUUUGGUGGGAAAAUAUGUGUUUUCCGGUUUUGACUGAAAAAUGUGGUUUUACUGGUUUGACCGAAAAUUGUGUAUUUUAUGGAAAUAUGCAUUUUACGUUUUGUGAGGAAAAACGCAUUUUGCGGUUUUGGCGGAAAAGUGUGUUUUUCAGUUUUUGCGGGAAAAUUUAUUUUUCGGUUAUGGCGAAAAAAUAUAUUUGCAAAAAAAUAAAAUUUACGGUUUGAAAAUAACAUUUUGAUUUUAAAAUGUCAUUUUUGUCAUUCAUCAUUUUGGACUGAACUAGAUGCAUCUGCAUCUGCAUCCAUAUGCACCAUCAAGACUCACCUUCAUUUGGGUGAGAAUUUGAGAUGCGUUUUUAAAAAUUCAGCUGGAUGAUCCAUCUAGAUGUAGCAUUAUAAUGCACAAAACGAAUAUUGAUUUGCAUCUUCACCCAGAUGGAUCACCUGGGUAAGCAAACGAACAGCACCAGAAUAACACCAAACGACUCCAAAAAACUCUAAAACAUAUACUUUGAUUGGAUAAAAGAUUCAAAACAUAGAUUAUAAACUAGCAAAAACACCGUUAAAUCACUUACUGAGAGGUUCAUGUAUGUGGUGGUGUCAAUUGAGGAAUCAAAGGAUGUUGAUGCGAUCUCCAUCAAUGAGUUGCAGAGCACACUGGCAGUUCAUUACCAGAUGUUCAAAAAGGUGGACCGAGGAGAACAAGUCUUAAAGGUAACACACAUAGAAGAGUAUAGAAACAGAUUAAGGCGGCCAUGAUGGAGAGGAAGGGGAAGAGGCCGAAACUUCCUUAGACAAGAAAAUGUAAAGUGCUACAAAUGUCACCGGCUCAGUCACUUCCAAAACGAUUUUCCAAAGUGGGAAGAAGAAGCAAAUUAUGCUAGCUUCGAUGAACAUGAAGACAUGUUGUUAAUGGCAUAAAUGAAAAUGAUGGGGUUAAGAGGAAAUCGACAUCGACUUGAAAGAAAACAAAGAGAUGAUGUUGAUGUCAAAAACUAAGAAUAAAGAGGAAGCGAGAAAGAAGACGUGGUUCUUGGAUUCAGGAUGCUCCAACAAUAUGACAGGUUACAAAAAUGUGUUCUUAACUCUUGAUCUUGCCUUCAAGCAUUCUGUCAAGCUCAUGAACAAUAAAAGUAUGUACGUUACUGGAAAAAGAAACAUCAAACUGAAGUUGAAUGACACUGCAUACAUGAUUAAUGAUGUGUACUAUGUGCCAGAACUAAGCCUCGACAACUUCAAGAGAAGCAGCUAUGCAUCAUCAUAUCAUUUAAGAAGGUAGUUGCAAGAUCAAUCACAAUGACAAAGGUCUGAUUCCAGAAAUAAUUCAAUUAUCCAAUUAUUUAGAUUAUCCGGGUUGUUAAUUCAAAUCUAGCAUUAAAAAUGUUAAUGUUUUGAUCUAGGUUCAAGUUGUUCUUAGUUCAACAUCGAUCGCGACUUGAUUAAUAGAUUGAAUCUAUCUAGAUCCAAACAAGUGAAACAAGAAUCAACAGGAGCAAACACAAGAUUUUUUUACCCAGUCUUCAUUUUCUAAUGACUGGCGUGAGAACCAAACUCUCAUGCUCUUCACUAUUUGAUCGAUGUGAUACAAUAGUGUUGAUAUCAAAACCUGAUAUUGUUUGUUCUUUGUGCAGCUGAUACCAAAACCGAACGUUGGACCCUCUUUGCAAUGACCCAGCUAGCAAGCUCGUUUUCGAGCUUAAUAUGACUUGUGGGCUAUAACCCAUCCCUCUCAUUUUCGUCUUAUAACUCGUAGGCCCAGUAACCGGCCCGGACCUAAAUGACGCAGCUUCAAAAAAGAAUCUCUAAACAUAACAAGUGAUCUAUUUAAACAUAACCAAUGAAGCACAAAUCAUCUUCUGAAUAGAUAUCAUAAGAAGAUUAUGAGUAAAACUAUAGAAAAAUACAUAGAAUCAAAGCUUUAGACAUUUAUUUGUAAGUUUGGAUUGGUUCUUAUCAGGUCCUUUUUAAUUUAUUCAUCGGUUCUUUUAGGAUUCGAUUAUUUUGGGUAGAGGUUGGAUAGAGGAGUCUAUCCAUAAAAUUUUAGCUCAGUUUAUCUAAGGUCGCUUCCGCUUUGGAUUUCGGGGGUCUCUGUAAUAAAUGCACGGGCUAAUAUCAAGCCAUCACAACUACGAAACUUCUUUUUUGAUAGUUAAGGAAUCAAAUGCUCCGGUACUCUUAACUGGAAAUAAAAUUCUCAGAUACUUCCCAUCUAUAAUUUAUUUCAAAUUUUUUUAUUUUUAAUUCAAAAUCUGAUAAAAGACCCAAUAUAUCCAUUAUGAAUCCACUUAGUUAUGCAACAUGCCACCAAAACUAAUUUUCUCUCUUAUCUCUUGAGAUCUAGAUUUUUUUUCUUUUCAUUCUUCACUUUUCUUUCUUUCUCUCUUCUCUUUUUUUUCUCUCUCUUCUCUAUCAUUCUUUCAUUUUCAUUUUCAUUUGUUAUGCUUUUCCUUUUGUUCUUCUUUUAAUCAUUUCUUCUUCUUCUUCUUCUUCUUCUUCUUCUUCUUCUUCUUCUUCUUCUUCUUCUUCUUCUUCUUCUUCUUCUUCUUCUUCUUCUUCUUCUUCUAAUCCAUUAUUCCUAGAAUCUGAUAUGUUUCUCCUGAUUUGUUGUUCUUUGUCCGUAAUUUUAAGGGUUUUUUUCGAAUCUCAUAUGUUUUCCUCUUUCUUGAUUUAUUGUUCUUUGUUCGCGAUUUAAGGCUCUUCUCUCUCUCUCUCUCUCUCUCUCUCUCUCUCUCUCUCUCUCUCUCUCUCUCUCUCUCUCUCUCUCUCUCUCUCUCUCUCUCUCUCUCUAGAUUUGGCAUGCUACAAGAAAAUAUGAGAAAUGUAAAAGUAAAACUUCAACCCUGAAACGAAGUUUUACCUAGUUAUACAAUCAUUCAAUGACAACUUUAUAAAACUAUAGAACUUGGUUAAACCAGAUACAAAGUUUUACAAAGUUGUACUUCGACAAUGGUACAACUUAGUAAAAUUUUGUACAAUUGUUUAAAUAAAACUUUAUGUUAGAUUCGGGUUUAUUAUGGGCUUCCAAGUCAAAACUAAUUGGCAAUUAUUGGAUUGGUCCUAACCCUUUAUAUAUUACUUAAUGUCCCAUUAAUUUUUCAAUGUGGGAUACAUAUCCCUUAAUACCCCUCCUCGAGAUGAUGGCUCUUAUCGGUUAGAAAUCUCGGAAACUUUUUAAGACAGUUAUACUCGGUCGAGGAGUCAAUUACGACCUAUAUACCCGGUCGGGUAGGGUUAAUAUUAAUUAGGAGUUUAACUUAUUAGGAUCUGGGCUCUGAUACCAUGUUAGAUUCGAGUUUAUUAUGAGCUUCCAACUUAAAAACCAAUUGGUAAUUAAUGGAUUGGUCCUAACCCUUUAUAUAUUACUUAAUGUCUCAUUGAUUUUUCAAUGUGCGAUACAUAUUCCUUAAUACUUUGUAAAACUGCAGAAGGUAUAAACUGUAAAACUUUGUAAAACUGUAAAGUUGUAAAACUUGGUAAAACUGUAGAAAUUGGUAAAGAUCGACAUCGAUUAUUGAAUGAAAGUAAGAGUAGGCAAGAAUUGUUUUUGGAUCAUUAAAAGAUUAUUUGAGAUUUUUUCUCACAGUUAAGUAGGUUUGAUGAAUUAGUUAUGUGCCAGCCCAAUAAGAACAAAUGAGCCGGAGAAUAAAAGGGCCCACAAUUUAAAGUCAACAAAGGUCUUUAAAUAAGCAAUUAAACGAGGAAACUAAUUUCGCGCUCUCUCCUGAUCUCACUAUCUCGUUUCAAACUUGCUGUUUCUCAAACUCUCUCUCUCUCUCUCUCUCUCUUUCUUUCUUUCAUCUCCAAGAACGUCAUUUCAGAUCGAAUCCGUCUUGUUCCCUAUCCUGGCGAGAAACAUGGAUCCUUUCAAUCCAUACCGUGCGGUUGGUAACAAAGUCAAGGAAUGCAUUGACAAGUACCUGAUGAGUAAGGAAGAAACUGAGAGAUAUCUAGAGGAUCAGCAAGGAAUCACACGUCAAGAUACCAACAUGGCCUGGAUUAUUCUUGAACGAAUGCAUCCAGAUUUAUUCACAUCAUACUAUGCAAGAAUCCAUGAGCGCAAUGCGAGGACCCGUGAUCGCGUUUCAUCAACUUCAACACGAGAGAGAGCUUCAGCUAUACUGGAAGGGCAAGAGCAACAACGUCUAUCUCCUGCCCGCCGCUCAUUGUUGCCUGAUUUAAAUGUUCCUGAUGCAUCACCACAAGAAGCUAAUGUUGUUUAUCCUACAAGUCAAGCGGGAACUUCCGUAGCUUCUAAUGCUUUGGGCCAGAUUAUCAAACUACUGUCUGAUGGUCAUGGACUUGGUCCACAUCCUUCUGCUACGGGACCCUUGAAGAGAAAGCAAGUUGGUGGUGAGAAUGAAGAGAGAGGCGAAAAUGAAGAAGGAGAGAAACUGAAAGAGAAUGAGAGAGAUGGCAAUAAUGAAGAGGCAGAGAAGCAGAUCAUGGAGAAAGAGGAAUGUAACGAUGAAGAAGCAGAGAAGCCAAAGGAGAAAGAGGAAGGUAACGAUGAAAAACUGCAGAAGAAUGAGGAAGGUGACAAUGAAGGACUGCAGAAGAAAAACGAAGGUGACAAUGAAGAAUUGCAAGAAGCUGCAUGAUCAGAAUCUAGAAAGGUCACAAACGCAUGGACAGUUCUUAUAUUAGCGUAGUUUUUUUAUUUACAGAAUAUAUUGCAGAGGACACAAACCUGUUAGUAUGAUUUCUUUCUUUCUUAUUGUCAUCAUAGACACUACAGUUAGCUAUUGCCAGAAUAUAUUGUAGAGACAUGCUGGUAUGAUGCUUAAACAUUGGGGAUAAGAAAUGUUAUUUGUUU